GGUGGGGGGGGGGUAGGGGGCGGCCGGGAUCCCCUCGAGGAGCCGGCUUCUUCUCCCCCCUUCUCCGCCGUGGGGCGUCGGAGCGGGGCCGGCCCCGCAGCUCGGAGGGCGCUGGGGGAGCGGCGGGUAAUGGCCGGCGGUGGUGAGUCACUGCCGCGGCCCCACCUGCGUACUUAACCACCGCCGGGCGGCCGGCGCCGCACUCGUGGGCUGCGCUGCCGCCGUGGCCGGGAGCGGCUCCUUCCUCCUCUUCAUCCUCAACCCCUCCUCCUCCUCCUCCUCCUCCUCCUCCUCCUCCUCCUCCUCACAGGGCGUUCGGCAGCUGCUGCAUGAGCGUGUCCCUCUCGAGCCGGGGAAGCACCGAGAGCGCUGAAAAUGCCCAAGCCGAUCAAUGUUCGAGUUGUUACUGUGGAUGCAGAGCUGGAGUUUGCCAUCCAGCCGAACACUACAGGCAAACAGCUGUUUGACCAGGUGGUUAAAACAAUAGGUUUGCGAGAAGUGUGGUACUUUGGUCUUCAGUAUGUGGAUAACAAGGGAUUCCAGACUUGGCUGAAGCUAGAUAAAAAGGUGUCUGCUCAAGAAAUCAGAAAGGAGAAUCCCCUCCAGUUCAAGUUCCGUGCCAAGUUCUUCCCAGAAGAUGUGUCUGAAGAGCUGAUACAGGACAUCACGCAGAAGCUCUUCUUUCUGCAGGUGAAGGAAGGGAUCCUCAGUGAUGAGAUCUACUGUCCUCCUGAAACAGCAGUUCUUCUUGGCUCUUAUGCUGUGCAGGCCAAGUUUGGAGAUUACAACAAAGAAGUGCACAAGCCUGGAUACCUCAAUUCAGAGCGUCUGAUCCCCCAGAGGGUGAUGGAUCAGCAUAAACUCUCCAGAGACCAGUGGGAAGAACGGAUCCAGGUUUGGCAUGCUGAACACAGUGGUAUGCUGAAAGAGAAUGCCAUGCUGGAAUACUUGAAGAUUGCUCAAGACCUGGAGAUGUAUGGAAUCAACUACUUUGAAAUCAAGAAUAAGAAAGGAACUGACCUCUGGCUGGGAGUUGAUGCCUUGGGGCUCAACAUCUAUGAAAAGGAUGACAAACUGACUCCAAAGAUUGGUUUCCCCUGGAGUGAAAUCAGAAACAUCUCCUUCAAUGACAAGAAGUUUGUUAUAAAACCUAUUGACAAGAAGGCACCUGACUUCGUGUUUUACGCCCCUCGUCUGAGAAUUAACAAGAGGAUCCUGCAGCUCUGCAUGGGCAACCAUGAACUGUAUAUGCGGCGCAGGAAGCCUGACACCAUCGAGGUGCAACAGAUGAAAGCCCAGGCCCGGGAGGAGAAGCACCAGAAACAGCUGGAAAGGCAACAACUAGAAAAUGAAAAGAAGAGGAGGGAGACAAUUGAGAGAGAGAAAGAGCAAAUGUUGAGGGAGAAGGAAGAGCUGCUGGUGAGGCUACAAGAGUAUGAAGUGAAGACUCAGAAAGCAGAGAAAGAGCUCUCAGCUCAGAUCCAAAGAGCUAUUCAGCUGGAGGAGGAAAGGAGACGAGCCCAGGAGGAAGCAGAACGUUUGGAAGCUGAUCGUUUGGCUGUUCUGCAAGCCAAGGAAGAGCUGGAGAGACAGACUAUUGACCAGAUAAAGAGCCAGGAACAGCUGGCUACAGAGCUCGCAGAGUAUACAGCCAAGAUUGCACUUCUUGAAGAGGCAAGGAAGCGUAAAGAGAGCGAGGUUGAAGAAUGGCAAAUCAGAGCAAGGGAAGCCCAGGAGGAUCUGGUAAAGACAAAGGAGGAACUGCACUUGGUAAUGACUGCUCCACCUCCACCCCCACCUGUCUAUGAGACCGUGAACUACCACGUCCACGAUAACUUGCACGAUGAAGGGUCCGAGUACUCUGCCUACAGCGCAGAGUUGUCCAGUGAGGGGAUCAGGAAUGACCGCAACGAGGAAAAGCGCAUUACUGAGGCUGAGAAGAACGAGCGUGUACAGAGGCAAUUGAGGGCACUGACAGAUGAGCUGGCACAGGCUAGAGAUGAAGAUAAGAGGACCCAAAAUGAUAUUAUCCACUCAGAGAACGUGCGACAAGGACGUGACAAGUACAAGACACUGCGACAAAUCCGACAAGGCAACACCAAGCAGAGAAUUGAUGAGUUUGAGGCAAUGUAAUGAUGCUUAUAACAAGAAACCAAGACUGUGGGAAAGGCAGAUCUUAAUGCUGUGUUUUUGUUUGUUGUUGUUUUCCCUGAGGAGGGGUUACUAUGAUAUUUAACAAAUGUCCUCUAAACCCAGAGGUGUUUGCAUCUCCACUUUAUUCCAUACUGUGUGUUAAAUUUGGUAUAGUUAAAAAUUCAUCAUACCACUGAUCCUGGUAACUUGCUCAUGCCUUUGCUUAGUGCCAAAAGGCCUUACGCUUAUGUCACAUCUCUCUUUAAGCAACACAAACCUGCAAACCUACAAACAUCUAGUUGUAGAUGCAGGUCCUGUGCAGGUGCUGGAUUCAGCUUGGUCUAAAAAUAAGCAACUGUGGAUGAAUUUUGUGCCAUAUGUCUUUGUGUUACAGUCACAGUGUAAAGUCCAUCAGUUGAGAAGACAACUCAGGAACUGCAAACACCUGUGUGUGUGCUUGUGCAUGCACCUUAUUUUUUUCCUUCGUCUUCAUGCCCACCUUCCCCUGAUACACAAAAGAACUGACAACGCCUCAGAACUACUUUGCAUGGGAAUAAGGCUUCUUCUGGUUACUGUGCUCAAUUGGAGGUAUUCUGCAGUGACAGCUCACAAGUGUGGCGUAGGAACACUGACACCCUCCUUACAUAACAACUAGGCAGAUACUCUGUUGGAAUAAUACACUACUGUGUUUGCAUUCCAGCUUCAUUACUGAUCAGUUAUAGUGUAGUAUUUAUAUAUAUAUAUAAAAUAUGCAAUACGUGGAUUGCUGUACUAGUUUAAAAGGGAAAUAGUUUUGCUCUGUAUAUUUUGUUACUUUUCAGAUUUAAUGAGACUUGCAUCUGUAAAGAAGUCUAAACACUGUAGUCUGCAGUGCAACUGAUUAUUUACUAUAAAGCAUUAUUUGUAAAGAUCACUUUUUUUACUUAAUGAUGAAAAUUGAUAUGUACACAUGAUCCAAUAUAUACAAUUUUACUGCACCUAUUUUUCUAACAAAUUUUCUAAUUUUUUAAACGUUUGAUUUAAAGUUUCAGACUCCAAACAUGAAGGGACUGCUUGUUUAUAUCACAGUUGUAUUCUCUCUAUUAGAGAGCAUUUCUGUGACUAUUCCUUCCCCACUAAUCUCCCCCUUUCCUUGAAAAUCUGUUAGAAAGUGAGAUACAGUAUGUUGUCAGCUCUUCUCUUCCAUUUACAACAUCUAUGCUGCUUUAUACUCCAGUUGAGUUUUGUUGUGUGGUGGUUUUUUAUUUGCAGCAGCAAACAUCUAAAUAAAAGAUCUGCAGAGUAACAAA